UCCGUGUACAAGUUACUAUCAAAGGCUAACUUUUUAAAGUACAACCUAACACAACACAAACAUGGCAGACGAUCUCCGGAGCAGAAUUAUGAAGGACGAGGCUCAUACAAACAGUGUGAUGAAGACCAUGAUCCUCUUCAGCUUGGCCAUGAUUUUCUUCCCUGUCUUUUUGUAUUUCUUCUCCAAAGCUGUGAUAUUUGAAGGAACUAUGGGAAUAUCCAGCCAAGACAGCUCUUUCUAUUCAGCUUUUGUAGCCAUAGGAGCAGUGCACAUUAUUCUCGGACUCUUUCUGUAUGCAGCCUUUACAGAAGAUACGUCAAAACCGACAGACUUGAAGGCAGAAUAGUGUCCAGUGUUAUGCAAUAUUUUAAAUUUGGGUUAGGUAUGAUACAUGAAUUGUAUGUAAAAGCACUAUUGAUUAAUGUGUAGAAAUUUAUGUACAUGGAAGUAGAUUUGAGAGUUUUUAUGUUUGAUAGUCAGUGUGUAGGCUAGGAAAGGAGAGGAAUGCUUGACGAAUUUUAGUCCCAAUUAAGAGUGCAAAGAUGAUGAUGAGUGAUCCUUGUCAAAUUUAUGUACGUUUAUGUUUGGUUUAGUUCUAAUUUCAUUCAUCACACUUUGUGCAGAAUGAUUAGAUAAUUGCAAAGGCUAGUUUGUUAAUUUUGUCGUAGGUUUUUAUACAUGUAUGUUGUUGAACUGAAAUAUCAGAAAUGAAGUGUAAAAUAUUUUCUGCUCUCUCAAGAACCACAUACUGUUAUCUUUUUUUAUUUCAUGAACAAACUUAUUUUUUAGUAACCCGUGUAAAAAUAUUUUGUAUUUAUAAUAAUUUAAUAAUAAAAAAACAAGUACAAUUUUGUUUAUAUACUUUAUGAAUAAAUGUGGAUGUUUCUGCAUGUUAUUAUUAAUUAUGAAGCAAAUCCAUACUGGAAACAAUAAGCAUGUAUGUAGUUGUUAAAUAAAGAAUAUAUCACAUAGAUUUUAUGUAUGUUGACAUGGCAGUUAUGCAAUAUUCAGUAUAUUAUGAUCCUGUAUAUGUAGAACCAUUUUAACAAGACCUUGGACUUGCAGUAGGACGUGGCUAUCUAUUUCUUGCGUCAAAACAAGUAAACAAUGACGCGGUUUCAAGCGAAAUAUGCACUGAAUUGCCUUGUCUUGGCUCAAAAGCCAGACAAAUCUUGUCAAUCGCAGAGAGCCAUGGCUGAUAGUGAAAUAGACAGGCCUACAUCACAUUGCUGUUUAUCACAACUACCCAAAGUCCAAGCUCUUGUUAAAAUGAUUCUAUUUGUGAUGUACCAUAAUUACAUUCCACAAAUAAAAUCAUUAUCAGAU